AAGAACUUGGGUUCCAGUAAAGGUACUGAACUAGUAACUGCAACACUACUGUGGCAAGUGCAUGAUACCUCAUUCCAGAGAUGGCGAGGACUCCAAGCUUUGACAGAAGUGGAUUAAAGAAGGGGGCAUGGACUCCAGAAGAAGAUAAGAAAUUGGUUGCUUACAUUAAGAGAUAUGGCCAUUGGAACUGGCGCGAGCUUCCCAAAUUCGCAGGUCUAUCAAGGUGUGGAAAGAGUUGCAGACUCAGGUGGAUGAAUUACCUGAGGCCGAAUAUCAAAAGAGGGAACUACAGCAGAGAAGAGGAGGAUAUCAUCAUCAAAAUGCAUCGAGCUCUAGGGAAUAAAUGGGCAGCAAUUGCAGAAAAAUUACCAGGGAGGACGGACAAUGAAAUCAAGAAUCAUUGGCACACCAGCCUUAAGAAACGCUUGAAACAAAAUCCAACUGAAUCAGAAUCAAAACCUCAGACCUCCGAUCAGUGUAAAGCUAACAUCAAACAAGAAUCAUCAAAGCUCAGCACUGUUUUGGAAGACUCAUCAUCACCCUUGUCUCCAGUUCCAUCCUUGAGUGAUUUCUCCUCUUCAAGCACUGAUUCUAUGUUUGGGACUAUCACAAACUGGAUGGGAGAUGAAUAUAGUACUAUUUUAUCAGACAAACUUGAAGAACCCAUCAGUGGGGAAUUUUGGACAGAAUCAUGUGUGGAAGGGAAUUCUUACAUCCAAGAGAAUUUUCCAGAGACCUGGGCUUACCCAGGGAUACUGUUCCCUCUUUCUCCCUUCUCCCUUGAAGAGUCUUUCGGUUCAUACGUAUCCUAUGAAGAUAAUUUCAUGGAAUUUGAGAAAAUGGAUGAAAUUUGGUGAUCUACUCUUUCAAUAUCUCAGAACUUCUUGACAUGCAAAUAGUUCUCUCUCCAACUGUCAAUGAAGUCUAGUGGGUCUUCUGUCCCUUACUGGUCUAUGGGAAGUCAUGCAGCAUUAUAAGCCAAGUAUGGAGUAGGAAGUGAUCACCUAGAAGCUCUAGUAGGCCAUUGUCUAAUAGUUGUUUCGGCUGGAGUUAUUUUGUUAGGAUUCAAGCAAAUCCAGUCUUUCUUAUGGGUCAUUGUAAAGAGUAUCAUCAAAUGAGCCAAUAAAUGAGAAUUAUCUUCUAAAA